AUGGCUGAUUUCAAUCAGGUCUUGGCGGGUGGCGCUCAUUUUGUCGCAAGGGCGAUUGAACAUCAAGUUCGACAGGCCGCCUCGUCACCGGACCCGACGUCCUCCGUCUUUAGUUCUGCGUCUGGCACUCCUACGCCAUCAGCAGCCUCGCCGCCCGCGACUCCAGAGCCUUCUACGGGUAAUACCAACAAUGGCGAUCAGAAUAAUGGUGGCCAGUCGACUAAUUCCCCUCUACUAUUCUUUGUAGCCUUGGGGUUUGGUGUCGUUUUUACCAACCUUUGGAUUAUCGUUGGUGUCAAAUACUGCUUUCGUUACAAUGCACGCAAUCGACAGCUGCGAGGAUUGGAUGAAAAUGGAGAACCUAUCAACCUCGAGAACAUGCCCGCCAGACCACAUCGUCGACGUCGAGAAAAGAAGUUGAUGACGAUGGAUGAAGUCAACGAUAAAUUUCCCAUGAUGAAAUAUAAGGCUUGGGUCUCAGUCCGUGCAAGCGAAGGGUUGCCUACUGCUGGUGGUGUCUCUGCCCCGCCUAGCCGCGCCAACAGCGUAAGGAGCGUUGAAGGUAUCGUGCCGGAAAUUUCGUCCAAAGAACAAGAAUCGAAUGAAGAUCACACUGAUCCCAGCGCUGUCUCAAAACCUACGGAUCGAGAAAGGUCGCACGCCAGCCAAGAGAGCCAGGACACCACGCCCGACAGUAACCAAGCUGGCGACAACAAACUUACCCAUGCGCAAACCGCGGAAAGUAUAAAUAUGAAAGACCAUGAUCAUCGUGCGAGUAUUGACGAAGAGGAUGAUGAUGACGAACAUAUAGACGCUGCUCUGCCUCCCGAACUGGUAGGUACUCAGGGCGAUACGUGCGCAAUCUGUAUCGACACACUCGAAGACAACGACGAUAUUCGUGGAUUGACUUGCGGCCAUGCGUUCCACGCUGUUUGUAUCGACCCUUGGUUGACCAACCGGAGAGCGUCGUGUCCCCUCUGUAAGGCAGAUUACUAUACACCCAAGCCACGCCCGCCUCCUACAGACGGUGAUCCGGCAAAUCCUACAUCUCACAAUGCCGACCCGACCCGAAACAAUGGUCGAAUGAAUAUGCCGAGGUCUCCGCAGCGCACAUUCACAUCAUGGAGUAACUUCCGGGGGGCUCCGCGUGGUAUGAUUGCGGGUCGCUUCGGAGGUGUCGGUUCGGAUUCGGCGAAUUACAGCCGGCAACCACGGAUAUGGGAGAGAAAUCGCUCAGAACACCCACGAGAUCAUCAUCGUCGACAUAACCCCCAGCCUGAGCCUCAGCCAGCCGCAGCGGAGAACGCCGGGAUUUUUUCAAGAGUUCGCGGUCGUUUCCCACCAUUCCGACUGAAUGAGCUGAUGCGGAGGGACCGUAACGGGCAAGCCCCCGAUGCAAGCGGGGUGACAGCUUCUGGUGCCAAUGGCGGGGCGAACACUACACCAUCACAAUUGGAAGCGGGUGUACGACCGUCAACGACUGCGGUCAACUGAGGAAUUUAAUAUCCAUAGACAUCGGCUUAAUCCAAGGAAUAUAUAAAUAUUGCAUUGUUUCAUGGUCUUUCCAACCAUAUCCUGUAUACGGUAUACGACGUUGCGAAAUGAAUCCUCAUACCCCUGUAUCUGCUUUCUAUAAGUUUCAUUUUCCAACUACGACAACAACUAGUCGCUAGAAGAUCAGCACAUCGCCCAGCUUACCUGCCGACCCGGAGUGAUUCGCCGAGGCUAUACGGUAGAGGACCGGAGGGCACGAAACUACUGAGGAGUUUGUGUUGCGAACGGAGGGAAAACCUGUGACUUUCAUCAUUACUUUUAGGUUUUUGUUCGAGGUUGAUCCUGGCCGGCACCCCGAACUUUCGAGGGCGACGGACCGAGAAACAUGGUCGGGUAUCGCAAUGCAUUUGUUCGCGGGAGUAGGCGGUGUUCCGAGGUAUUCUCCCAGUAUAUACAUCAGGGUUUCCCCCUUCCUUUUGAGGAGUUCUAGUUGAGGGUAGAUAUGUAUCUUAUCGUUGUAGGGAAGCAAAAGGAUUUGCUAUUCUCUUUUUCUAGUGUCCCCCAGAGCCAAAGGAGUAAAGGAGAGAGAGGGAGUGUUGUCGAAAUAGGAGGACUCCCUGCGUAAGCCUUGUAUGCAUAUACUUAUCUACCUCUGUUAGCUAGCAAAUACGCGAGCUAGGAAUAGAGCAAUGCUAGAAAGCAGAUUGCAAUGAAUGGAUAUAUUCAUAU